CGUCCUGCGGCAGCUGCGACGCGAGGGGUGCAGGGCGGACGGCGCUGCCCCUCUGAGCCCCGGCCGGAGACCCGAACCCUGUGCCGGGAGUUGUGCUUUUCCAUCAGCUUUCGUCAUUUGAAAUAAUAGAACGGUUUAUGUGCCUCUAACGGCUCCAGUGUGUUUACCCUUCCGGUUUUGCUGCCAACCCAGGAAAAUUCCUCUGUAGGAUCAUAAAAGGAGCAAGAAGAAUACACUUCCCAUCCUUAACUUGAGAAUCAUGGCUGCAGGAAAAUUUGCAAGCCUUCCCAGAAACAUGCCAGUGAAUCACCAGUUCCCCCUGGCCUCAUCCAUGGACCUUCUGAGCAGCAAGUCCCCUCUCGCUGAGCACCGCACAGAUGCCUAUCAAGACGUGUCUAUACAUGGCACCCUUCCACGGAAGAAAAAAGGCCCUCCUCCCAUCAGGUCCUGUGAUAACGUCAGUCACAUGGGCACCCUCCCUCACUCCAAAUCCCCACGGCAGAACUCGCCUCUGACCCAGGACAUCAUCCAGGAGAACCCACUGCAAGACUGGAAAGGUGAAACCUUCACCUUCAGGGAUCCACACCUUCUGGACCCAACGCUGGAAUAUGUGAAGUUCUCCAAGGACAGGCACGUCAUGGACAAGACCCCUGAGAGGCUGAAGAAGGAGCUGGAGGAGGAGCUGCUGCUGAGCAGUGAGGACCUGCGCAGCCACGCCUGGUACCACGGCCGCAUCCCCCGACAGGUGUCUGAAAAUCUCGUGCAGCGAGAUGGCGACUUCCUGGUCCGCGACUCUCUGUCCAGCCCUGGAAACUUUGUCCUGACCUGCCAGUGGAAGAACCUCGCUCAGCACUUCAAGAUCCACCGGACGGUUCUACGGCUCAGCGAGGCCUACAGCCGCGUGCAGUACCAGUUCGAGACAGAGAGCUUCGACUCCAUCCCCGGCCUGGUGCGCUGCUAUGUGGGCAACCGCCGGCCCAUCUCCCAGCAGAGCGGCGCCAUCAUCUUCCAGCCCAUCAAUCGGACAGUGCCCCUGAGGUGUCUGGAGGAGCGGUACGGCACCUCCCCGGGCCGGGCCCGAGAGGGCAGCCUCGUCGAGGGGAGGCCAGACGUGGCGAAGAGGCUGAGCCUCACCACGGGCGGCAUCCAGGCCCGAGAGCAGAACUUGCCAAGGGGAAACCUCCUCAGGGUAGCCAGCCAGCCUGCCUGGAUCACAUGCAGGACAGACGGGCCUUCUCGCUCAAAGCCCACCAGUCUGAAGGCUACCUACCCAUUGGCUGUAAACUGCCCCCCCAGGCCCCGGGUGUGGACACGAACCCCUGCCCAAACUCACCCGUGUUCAGGACAGGCAGCGAACCCACACUGAGCCCAGCGAUGGUUCGGAGGGUCUCCUUGGACACUAGGGCAGGGGAGGCUCUGAGGGGCUCAGACAGCCAGCUGUGCCCCAAGCCACCCCCCAAGCCCUGCAAGGUGCCCUUCCUCAAGACUCCCCCGUCUCCAUCCACCUGGCUCAACUCGGAGGCCAACUACUGUGAACUGAACCCCGCCUUUGCCCCAGGCUGUAACAGGGGGGCCAGGCUGCCCCUGUGUGCCCAGGGAAGCUCCACAGAGCGGCUGACAGCCCGGCAGAAUGGGGUGCCAGGUCCCCGGAACUCUGGAAUCAACUAUUCGAUCCUUGAUGGCGAUGACGAGGCGGCACCUUGGGAACCGCCGACAGCACAGAUGGACAAGGGGCCGGAGGACCAGGGCGCAUUUGUGAAGCCCCUCAUGGAGACUGAGUCCUCCUUCCGGCCCAAUGACUUCGAGUCCAAGCUCCUUCCGCCAGAGAACAAGCCCCUGGAAACGGCGAUGUUGAAACGUGCCAAAGAACUGUUCACCAGCAGCGACCCCAAGGCAAUCGCCCAGCACAUGCUCAGCAUGGACUGCAAGGUUGCUAGGAUACUCGCAGUCUCCGAGGAGAUGAGGAGGAACAUGGGAGUGAGCUCGGGGCUGGAGCUCAUUACCUUGCCUCAUGGACACCAGCUGCGCCUGGACAUCAUUGAAAGACACAACACGAUGGCCAUCGGCAUUGCGGUGGACCUCCUGGGCUGCACGGGCACUUUGGAGGACCGAGCAGCCACCCUCAACAAGAUCAUCCAGGUGGCCGUGGAACUGAAGGAGUCCAUGGGGGACCUCUACUCCUUCUCAGCCGUGAUGAAAGCCCUGGAAAUGCCGCAGAUCACAAGAUUAGAGAAAACAUGGACUGCCCUGCGGCACCAGCACACCCAAACGGCCAUCCUCUAUGAGAAGCAGCUGAAGCCCUUCAGCAAAGUCCUGCACGAAGGCAGAGAGACUACUUGUGGGCCCUCAAGCAACGUAUCAGUCCCACUGCUGAUGCCCCUCGUGACCUUACUGGAGCGCCAGGCGGUCACUUUCGAAGGAACCGACAUGUGGGAAAAAAAUGACCAGAGCUGUGAAAUUAUGCUGAACCAUCUGGCCACAGCCCGGCGCAUGGCUGAGGCUGCGGACAGCUACCGGCUGAACGCCGAGAGGGUCCUGGCAGGGUUUCAACCAGAUGAAGAAAUGAGUGAAAUCUUCAAGACUGAAUUUCAAAUGCGACUGCUAUGGGGCAGCAAAGGUGCACAAGUCAGUCAGGCCGAGCGGUAUGAGAAGUUCAACCAGAUCUUAACUGCCCUCUCCCGAAAACUGGAGCCGCCUCCCGUGAAGCAGGCGGGGCUUUGACACCCUCGAGCCCCUUAGGUGUUAUCUCAAGCUUCUCCAGUUUCGUCUUUGGGAAAGCUUAUUUGAUUAAGUAACAAUGUGCAGAGCUGACAAUACAUAAACUUUUAGUAUCCAUGGUUAUUAAAUGUGUACAUUGCACAGAGCACACUUAUUUAUGAAUUGUUUAAAAUUACUACUGAUUUUUAAAUGAAUAAUUUAUUAUGAAGUAACUAUUGCUAAUGUUGAUCAGUAAAUUUAAGACCUAGCUAUGUUGGCUGGUUGCUUUCUAUUGUCAUGGUAUUUGACCACUUUCAUUUUAAUGCCAUGUUAGGUAAGUGUCAACAGAAGAGUUUAAAAGAAAAGCAUGAAACAUUUCAGAAGAUAUCAGUUGUAUGAUAUUCUUUAAAUAAAUAUGAAAACUGUACAUAGUCACGAAUGAAAAUAUAUCACUCUGUGAAA